GUGCGACCGGAAGGCUAAAAUAAAGAUGUAAAUAGUGACAGUCGAGGAGUUGGUCUUUCAAAUGUCGUAUGCUGGAGCGGUAGGAGAACCGCACGCACAGCAACCCCGCCAGUGAAAAUGAGACAUAAAACUGCUCCUUGUGUCACUAGCAAUUUGCUGAAGCCUCAGAAUCAGCUGGCUGUCGGACUGAGUGCUACAAUAGUGUAUUACCGUGCUGGACUUUGUAAGGGUGCCCUGUAGCUAUGGACACCAACACCAAUGACAGCGCCUUCCCCAGCUAUGUGGAUUUGGACAAGUUCCUCGUGAAGCAUGACUCCAACUUCGUGUGGCUUCUUAUGGCCACCAUUCUGUCCUGUGGAUGGAUUAUAUACCUGACGUACUACAACUCCCGCAACAUCGGCCUCAUCUUGACCCUCAUCAUCAACCGACUCUACAAAAAUGGCUACAUUCAUAUCGGCUCCUUCUCCUUCUCCGUGCUCUCCGGCAAGGUAAUGUUCCGGGACGUGUACUACAUCAACGAGGACAUGUCUAUCAGAAUCCAGGACGGCUUCCUGAUAUUCCGCUGGUGGAAGGUGUACAACCCCAAACAGAAGCAGCACGACCCGAAGGCGGAAACCAGGCUUUACGUGACCGUGAACGGGUUCGAGUUCCACGUCUACAACCGCACCGACCUGUACUCCCGGCUGCAGGAGACGUUCGGCCUGGAGCCCACCCUCACGGGGCACAAGAAAGGGGAGGAGCCGGACGAGACUCUGAACAGUGUUUCCAUCACAACGGAGUCCCCAGACCCAGCGUCGUCCUGGAGAUCCCUCAUUCCUGUCAUCAAAGUCAACAUCAGCACCGGCCGCCUGGCGUUUGGGAACCACUACCUGCCCCAGACGCUGUGCGUGCACUUUGACGACGCCUUCCUCACCUACACCACCAAGCCUCCCUCCAGCCACCUGGACCAGUUCAUGCACAUCGUCAAGGGGUCUGUGGAGAACGUGCGCGUCAUGCUGGUGCCCAGCCCCCGCUACCUGGGCCUGCAGAACGACGAGCCCCCCAGACUAAUGGGAGAAGGUUUCGUGGUCAUGCAGUCGAACGACGUGGACAUCUACUACUACAUGGACGAGCCAGGUCUGGUCACUGAGGAUGUGGAGAAUGGAGAAGCAGAGGGCUGCAGCGAAGGCACGAAACUCCAGGAUCUGCCCCCCUGCUGGGGGCUGGACAUCGUCUGCGGCAAAGGCACCGAUUUCAACUACGGCCCCUGGGCCGAUCGGCAGAGGGACUGUCUGUGGAAGUUCUUCCUGCCGGCUGACUUCCAGUCCAUGAAGGUGACCGACCUCGCCCAGCCGGGGAAGCCGCGCCAGAUCCUGGCCUUCGAGCUGCGCAUGAACAUCAUCGCCGACGCCACCAUCGACCUGCUCUUCACCAAGAACAGGGAAACCAACGCGGUCCAUGUGAAUGUUGGGGCGGGUUCCUACCUUGAGGUCAACAUCCCCAUGACUGUGGGGGAGAACGGUUACUCCCCCACCAUUAAAGGGCAGCUCCUGCACGUGGACACCACCAGCAGCAUGCUGUACCGCACCCUCCUGGAGGCAGAGAUGCUGGCCUUCCACGUUAACGCCAGCUACCCCCGUGACUGGAACAUGCCCCAGUCCUGGCAGUGUGAGAUCGAGGUGUACAAGGCCACCUACCACUUCAUCUACGCGCAGAAGAACUUCUUCACAGACCUGAUCCAGGACUGGGCCAGUGACAGUGCCCCGGACAUCUACUCCUUCGUGCCGUACGCCUGGAAGUUCAAGAUCCUGUUCCACCAGUUUGAGAUGAUCUGGGCUGCAAACCAGCACAACUGGAUCGACUGCUCCACCAAACAGCAGGAGAAUGUGUACUUGGCGGCCUGCGGGGAGACUCUCAAUAUCGAUUUCACGCUGCCUUUCAACGAGUUCGUCCCGACCACCUGCAACAUGCGCUUCUGCCUCAGGGCGGAGGACACGGAUCUGCAGCUGUCCCUGCCGGAGUGCCACCCCAGCCGCUACCCCCUCCUCACCCUGGCCAAAGACUACCAGCCCAACAAGCUGCCCCCCGAGACCUGCAUGCCUGGGGAGGGACCCGGAGCCCCCCCCAAACCGGGAAAGCCCCGCUGGAGGAACAUCACCCACGCCGAAGCCGGUUGGGUGGACUGCUGGACGGUGCCGAACUUCACGCUCAUCAUAGACUACACCUGGCACCCCAUCUACCCCCAGAAAGCCGACGAGCAGCUGAAACAGACCCUGUCGGAGAUGGAGGAGUCGAUGCUCUCGGCUUUGAGGCCCCCGGAGUACACGCCCGUAGUUCCACCCCAGCCCAGCAGGGCGGUGACUGACCCGUCCGAGCUCACCCCCGACCGGCUGCACGUGGAGAUGGAGCUCUCCCCGGACUCCCAGAUCACUCUCUACGGUCCGCUGCUGCGCGCCCUCGUGUCCAUCAAGGAGAACUACUUUGGGGAGGACGACAUGUACACGGACUUUGAGGAGGCCGUGUCCAGCCCGGUGCUGUCCAUGUCCACGUCCUCCAGCUCGGGCUGGACGGCUCUGGGGAUGGAGGACAGCGAGCGGCGGGACGCGGGGCCGGCCGUCCACCCCCUGACCCUGCGGCCGUGGGACAUCACCGUGCUCAUCAACCUGUACAAGGUGCACGGCCGGCUGCCCGUGCACUGCAGCAGUGACGGUCCGGAGGGGCCCACAGGGUACUUGGAGAGGCUGUGCUUUGAGAUGAAGAAGGGCUACAAAGAGACCAUGCUGCAGCUGGUGCUCUCUCCCAUGCACGUGUUCGUCAGCGACAGCUACCAGCGGCCGGCGGUGGACGGCGUGUUGCGGGAGGGCCACCUCAGCCUAUCAGGGCUGCAGAUGCGCGCUCACGCCAUGUUCUCGGCCGAGGGGCUGCCGCUGGGCAGCGAGACGCUGGAGUACGCCUGGCUCAUCGACAUGCAGGCCGGCGCGCUCACCGGGAAGGUCACCGUGCCGCAGAUGGCCAGCCUGGUGGAGUGGGGGGAGACCUUCGUCUUCCACGUGGUGUCUCGAGAGUUCCAGCUGGAGCGCCCAAAGUCCUCCAUCAUCUGCCAGCACGGCGUGGACCGGCGCAUCUGCGAAGCCAAGCUGGCGUCCCUGCCCGGGCCCUGCCGGACCUCGGAGGACCUGAAGUACACCAUGACGCGUCUGUCGGUGGACACCGUUGACAUCUUCAUCGCCGAACACGGAUGUGCGGCCAACAUCAAGACCAACUUCAUCCGCCUGGCCAACUGUAACCUGCACAACCAGGCGGUGGGGGAGGGCAUCAGUGCCGUGGUGCAGGACCUGCAGGUUCGGCAGUACCUGGAGCAGCAGGACGGGGUGCGGGCGUGCCCCCUGGGCCUGCAGCCCGCCGUCCUGCGCCGCUCCGUCUGGCUGGAGGCCGGCUGCGCCAACUUCGCCCUCAUCACCGCCGACGUGGCCCUGGCCGCCGACCACCCCGCCAAGCACCAGGUCCAGCGCCAGUUCCUGGAGCUGCACGACAGCCGCACCAAACGGCUGUGGUUCCUCUGGCCGGAGGAGGUGGUGCGGAACAAGCGCAGCAAGAACAAGUGCGGCUGCCUGGGGGGGUGCCGCUUCUUCGGGGGUACGGCCGCGGGGCUGGACUUCUUCCGGCUGGACGAGAUCACGCCCUCCAGCAGCUCCGCCUUCUCCUGCUCCAGCGCCGAGACGGACAUGUGCUACGGCCAAUCCCUGCUGCAUCCCAGCGAGUGGAUCGUCACCAAGGACACGCCCAAACUGCCAGACGGGAGGAGCGGGGUGAGGAAGGAGGGCCGGUCCCCGGGCCCCGAGCUGGAGAAGAGGGGCCAGCCGCUGAGCCUGCAGGUGCCCCAGCGCUCCCAGAGCUCCGCCUCCUCCUCCGAGGAGAACAGCUCAUCCAGCGCGGUGCUCCCCCUGCUGGCCGGAGAGCGGGACAGCCCGUCGCCCAGCGCCGACGAGCGCCCGGGCCCCCCGGACCACCCGCCGCCCCCCAGACCCGGGGCCGACCUCAACGGAGAGGUCAUAGGACCGGAGCCGCCCGACGCCACGCCCGUGUCCCCUGAGAGGGGGCCCCUGCGCUCGCCCCUGCGCUCCCCGCUCAGGCGCCAGUCCUCGGUGCAGUCGGGCCGGCUGGGCAGCACCAAGAGCCUGUCGGCCGCCGUCUUCGCCGACAAGCCGCCGCCCCCGGCCGGCGUGCAGUUCAGCAGCGAGGUGUCGCGCAGCGACGAGAACGUGCUGGACUCGCCGCGCCAGCGCCGCAGCUACGGCUCCUUCCCGUUCACGCCGUCGGCCGACUCCUCCACCUUCCACCAGUACCGCUCGGUGGACUCCAGCAUGUCGGUGGCCGACAGCGAGGCCUACUUCUCGGCCGCCGAGGAGCUGGAGCCCAUCAGCAGCGACGAGGGGCCGGGCACGUACCCGGGCCGCAAGCGCAAGCGGCGCCAGCAGCAGGCGCAGCAGCAGCAGCAGCAGCAGGCGCGGCACAUCGACUACAGCCGCAGCUCCAUCUACCACAGCGUGGAGGGCCCGCUCACCUACCUGCUCAACGGCGAGGUGGUGACCGAGCCCCGCCCGCCGCCCAUCCGCAGCCACGCCUCCCAGGCCUCCUUCGUCUCCGCCCUGGGCAUCGAGGAGGAGGGCUCCCUGGAGGCGGAGAAGGCGCCCGAGCCGGGCCUGGCCUCCUCCGAGCCCCGGGUCAUGGCCUGCUACCAGAGCUACCUGGCCCACUGCCACGUCUCCAACUGGUCCGUCAAGCAGCCCACCAACAAGAGGACCUCCAAGUCCUCCUUGCACCGCCCCCUGGACCUGGACACGCCCACCAGCGAGGAGAGCUCCGCCUCGUUCGACCAGCUCUCCAUACCCACCUUCAAGGUGGUGAAGCAGGGGCUCUCUGCCAGCUCCCUGCUCGAUCGGGGGGUGCAGAUGAUGGGCGGCUCGAACAGCACGCCGUACACCCCGCUGGAUAAGAAGGCCAUGGAGAACACGGACGACGACACCACCACCGAGGACUGGAGCCUGGACCAGCCCCUGUCCCAGACGCGCACCACCGCCAUCGUGGAGGUCAAGGGGGUCGUGGACGUGGUGCUCACCCCCCUGGUGGCGGAGGCCCUGGACAGAUACAUCGAAGCGAUGGUUCACUACGCCAGCAUUCGACACCCCGCCUCCAUCCUGGACGACCUGCACGGGAAGGUGCUGAACGAGGCGUAUCAGAUCAGCAAGUCCACCGUGACCGACGCGUCUGCAGCGAAGCCAGAGCAGAAGACCACCAAGCCCGAGGGGACCACGCCCGGCCAGACGGACCUGUCAGUCAAACCGGACAAUGUGAAAAUUAAGGGUCUGCAAGCCAACGUGACCAUCCCUAAGGUGAACCUGUGCCUGCUGCAGGUUUCUGUGGAGCAGGGCUCUCCCUCCAGCAGCAGUAAGAACGUCACGCACGUCUCCCUGGUGGCGCUCUGCUUCGACCGCAUCGCUACGCAGCUGCGCAUGAACAGGGGCAUUGUGGAGGAGGGAGCGGGCACGCUGGAGCACGGCCGGCCCUCGGUCAUGCUGGACAAGUACGCCUCCGCCACCAAGAUGCAGCCGCAGUCGUCCGGCUCGCUGCGCUCCAACGCCGGCAUCGAGAAGGGCAAGGAGAUCGCCGCCAAGCUGCACGUGCACCGCAUCCACGGCCAGCUGCGCGGCCUGGACUCCUCAGACAUGGGCACCUGCUCCAUCACGGCCAUCCCCUUUGAGAAGUCCAAGGUGCUGUUCAGCCUGGAGGAGCUGGACGACUUCUCCUUCGUGGACGAGACGGAGACCCCGGGCAGCGGGGACCCCGCCCGCCAGGCCCCCGCCCCUGAGAAGUGGGGCUGGAUCAUGUUCGAGUGCGGCAUCGAGAACCUCACCGUCAAGGGAGGCCGCCAGUCGGGGGCGGUGUUGUACAGCGCCUUCGGCGUGAUGGGGAAGGCGGACGGAGCGGAGAAGAACGGCCGGACCAAGUCCAACGGCUCCACGGGCUCCCAGACGGGCAGCGGCUACAGCACCGACGUGUCCGAGGAGAACCUGCCCCACGACGCCGCCAGCCCCGGCUCUGACGCCAACGGCCACUCCGACUCCGACGAGCAGGACGAGGGGGUGGAGUCUGACGAUCUGAAGAAGGACCUCCCCCUCAUGCCCCCGCCUCCCGACUCCAGCAGUAUGAAGCUGACCAUUAAGGAGAUCUGGUUCAGCUUCGCCGCGCCCACCAACAUGCGCUCUCCUGCACAGGCCUUCUCCCGGCAGCUGAACCUGCUGAGCACCGCCACUCCCGCCAUCGGGGCGUGGCUGGUGCCCAUCGACCAGCUGAAGUCCUCCCUGCGCAAGCUGGACACGGAGGGGACGCUGCGCAUCUGUGCGGUCCUGGGCUGCAUCAUGACCGAGGCGCUGGAGAAAAAGAGCAUUCACAUUCCCAUCCGCAGCAAGUACAACCGGGUGACCAAGCGCGCGCGCUACCUGCACGAGAACCCGUCCUGCAUGCUCUGCAACAUUCUGCACCGCUACCUGCAGCAGGCCGACUACUCCACCAUCGAGGACGCCACCAUGAAUGACGGGCUGCCUGCUCUGGUGACCCUGAAGAAGGGGCUGGUGGCGUUGGCCCGGCAGUGGAUGAAGUUCAUCGUGGUGACCCAGGGCUUCAAAGCCAUCGGCCUGAUCAGACCCAUGCAGCUCCCCAAAGCCAAAGAGCCCCCGCAGAGCCAGUUCGAACCCGGGCCCGGCCAGGACAACGGCACCGGGCUGCACAGCGACACCAGCGCCGACGGGGCGGAGUUUGAGUUCGACGCAGCCACAGUGAGUGAGCACACCAUGCUGCUGGAGGGGGUGUGCAGCCGCCCCCCUCAGAGCGGGGGCGGGGCCGGGCCCGUCAGCGGCGUCCAGAUCAUGAGGAAGCUCUCCAAAUCCCACACGCACAACGAGUCCGGCCUCAAGAUAAAGGGCUCGCACCCGUACCAGUCGCUGAGCUACACCAGCGGGGACACGGCGGCCGACUCCCCCGCCCACAUGAGCCGCACGGGGCUGCUGCUGAAGGACAGCCCCCGCAAGGAGAGCCUGCUCAGCUACCUGACCGGCAGCUUCCCCAGCCUGCACAACCUGCUGGAGGGCGUGCCCCAGGGCGGGGCCGCCGCGCCCAAGAGCAGCUCGCUCACGCGCAGGGGGAACAACGUGGGGUCGGACAUGCUGACGGAGCACCCCCUGCUGUCCGAGCCGUCCUCCGUCAGCUUCUACAACUGGAUGUCCAACGCGGUGGGGAACCGACGGGGCAGCCUGGCCCAGGAGUCGCCCAUCAACCGCUCUCAGCACAACAGCCUGCCGACUGGAGUUCCCUGCAACCUGCCCACCAUCCCCUCGGCGUCGGACUUCAACACGGUGCUCUCCAGCGACCAGAACACGCUGGACGGCACGCACUCCCAGCACAGCACCAGCCAGGACGACAUCGCCGACAUCGAGGAGGGGAACCAGUGCCCCGUGGCCGUGCAGCUGGCCGACGCCCAGGUUGUGUUUAAACCCCUCCUGAGCCACACUGGGAUUCAGCCCCAGGACGCCACCCCUUUAAGCUACAAGAUGUAUUUUGGGGAGCACCUCUCCUUCUCGGGGACCCUGGAGUGCCUUCGAGCGGACAUCGUGGACUCGGACACGUCCAAGGACAGGAAGAACAAACGGUCCCGGAGGCAGGGAAUGAUCAACCUGCCGCCCCUGGAGUUCAAGCCGGCCCUGAUGAUCGAGACGUUCAGCCUGAACGCCGUGGUGAUGGAGAAGUCCAUGAGCACGCCCCAGAACUCCACCAGCGCCCUGUCCUUCCACGACCUCAACCGGCGCCACUACAACACCUUCCACUGCGACUUCACCAUCUCCUGCCAGUCCAUCAGCCAGCACGUGGACAUGGCGCUGGUGCGCCUCAUCCACCAGUUCAGCACCAUGAUCGACGACAUCAAGGCCACGCAGACCGACAUCAAGCUGAGCCGCUACACGGCCGGCUCCGCCUCGCCCACGCCCACCUUCAAGGCCCGCGGCCACCGCGACUUCCGCUCGUCCGACUUCAGCCGGAGCUCGCGCGGCAGCCUGAACGGCGCCAGCCGGGCGGGCGCGCAGAAGGGCAAGCGGGGCGUGGGCGCGGGGGCGGGGGCGGGCGGGGACACGCUGGGCAGGAAGGAGCCGCGCGGGCGGAGCUCGCUGGGCCGCUCGGAGCGACGCACCUCCAAGGUGUCGCGGAAGGGCUCGCGGGACGUGGCCGACCACAUGGCCAUCCAGAUGGACGACUCGGACUCCAUCACGGUGUCGGAGCAGAGCGAGCCCUCGGCCGAGUGCUGGCAGAACAUGUACAAGCUGCUCAACUUCUACUCCCUCAUCUCCGACCCCACCGGCAUCCUGGAGAAGGGCUCCCCCGAGAACUGCCUCCCAGAGGGCGGCCGCAGCCCCUCGGACCCCACGUGCCGCGUGGUGUUUGAGAACGAGCAGGACCCGUCCAGCCCCAGCCGGCCGAGCCGCCGGCGCAGCCUGGUGAGCUCGGAGCCGCAGCACGUCACGCUCAUCGUGUUCGGCGUGGGCAUGGUGAACCGCACGCACCUGGAGGCCGACAUCGGGGGCCUCACCAUGGAGGCCGAGCUCAAGAAGAUCCACGGCAGCUUCACGCUCAAGGAGAAGAUGAAGGACAUCCUGCACCAGAAGAUGACAGAGACGUGCGCUUCCGCUCACAUUGGGGGGGUCAACAUCGUCCUGCUGGAGGGCAUCACCCCAAACAUACAACUGGAGGAUUUCCCCACAUCUCCUACCAGCACAGCCAAACAAGAGUUUCUAACGGUAGUAAAGUGCAACAUCGCCAAGUCCCAGGCGCUGUACAGCGCCCAGCGCGGGCUGAAGACCAACAACGCCGCCGUGUUCAAGGUGGGCGCCAUCAUCAUCAACAUCCCCCAGCAUCCCGCCACGCUGCACAGCAUGAUGGUCCGCAGCUCCCAUCAGCUCUCCAAGCAGAUCUCCGACCUCAUCCGCCAGCCCUCUGCCGCGCCCCCGCCCAGCAGGGAGGACACGGCCACGCCCCAGGCCUCAGACAAGACCUCCUCCAGCGUCAACCAGACCCCGGUGGAGGCCGAGUUCCCCCAGCUGCCCGAGGGGCUGGAGAAGAAGCCCAUCGUGCUCAAGUUCAGCGCCAUGAUGGACGGCAUCACCAUCGGGGCGGCGCUGUUGCCCUCCCUCAAGGCCGAGUACAAGAUGGGCCGGAUGAGGAGCCACGGCAUGACUGGUGCCCAGACGAGUUUCACGUUUGAACUGCCCAAUCACAAGCUGCGCUUCCAGUCCAAGGUGUCGCCGGUGGACACGUCCACCAUGCAGCCCUCCGCCAGCCUCACCCUCCCGCCCGUCACCAUGUCUGGCGAGUACAUCAUGGAGGACCACGACAGCCACUCCGACCAGGGAUGGGGCCCCGACGACUUCCCCACCAAGCCGGGCAACUAUCUCCAGGGCAACUACCUGCGCUGUGUUGCCGAGAUCGGCUCGUUUGAGCACAACCUAACCACCGACCUCCUGAACCACCUGGUGUUCCUGCAGAAGGUCUUCAUGAAGGAGGUCAACGAGGUCAUCCAGAAAGUCUCAGGAGGAGAGCAGCCCAUCCCACUGUGGAACGAGCAUGACAUUUCCACAGACGGGGACAAGCCCAAGAUCCUCCUAUACUCACUCAACCUCACCUUUAAGGGUAUCCAGAUGACCGCCACCACCCCGUCCAUGCGGGCCGUGCGCUUUGAGACGGGCCUGAUCGAGCUGGAGCUGUCCAAUCGGAUCCAGUGCAAGGCCCAGCCCGGCAGCAGCAGCUACCUCAAGCUGUUCGGGAAGUGUCAGGUGGACUUGCACCUGGCGCUGGGUCAGAUCGUCAAGCACCAGGUGUAUGAGGAGGCAGGCUCGGACUUCCACCAGGUGGCGUACUUCCGCACGCGCAUUGGCCUGCGCAACGCCCUGCAGGAGGAGAUCAGCGGCUCCUCGGACAAGGAGGCCGUGCUCAUCACCCUCAACCGCCCGAUUGUCUUUGCCCAGCCCGUGGCCUUUGACAGAGCGGUGCUCUUCUGGCUCAACUACAAGGCUGCGUACGACAACUGGAACGAGCAGCGUCUGGCCUUGAACAAGGACAUCCACAUGGCCACCAAGGAGGUGGUGGACAAACUGCCUGGGAUCCAGCAGACCUCAGCCCAGGCCUUCAGCACCCUCUUCCUGCAGCUCACCGUCAACGACCUGGGCAUCUGCCUGCCCAUCACCAGCACCUCUCAGAAAGGACAUUUUCCAGUUAUGGAACGCAACAGUAUACCCAGCUGUGAAGCAAAAUGUGCAAGAAAAGCCAAUCACAGCCUCGACUUCGACACGGGCUCCGCCCUGGUGCUGACGAUCGAGAGCACGCUGAUCACCGCCUGCUCGUCCGAGUCCCUGGUCAGCAAGGGCCACUUCAAGAACUUCUGCCUGCGCUUCGCCGAGGGCUUCGAGAGGACCUGGGACGACUGGAAGCCCGAAGUGCGCGGCGAGCUGGUCAUGAACGCCUGUGUUGUCCCAGACGGAACCUAUGAAGUGUGCUCCCGAACCACGGGCCAGUCUUCUGCAGAGAGCAGCAGUGCGGGGACCUGGACUCUGAACGUCCUGUGGAAGAUGUGCGGUAUCGACGUGCACAUGGAUCCCAACAUCGGCAAGCGGCUGAACGCCCUGGGGAACACGCUGACCUCGCUGACGGGGGAGGAGGACGUGGACGACAUCGCCGACCUCAACUCGGUCAACAUGGCCGACCUGUCCGACGAGGACGAGACCGACACCAUGUCCCCCAUCGUCCACGUGCCUGUAGAAGGAGACUGCAGCCCUAGAAUCACGUUUAAGAGGCGUCUGGUUAACCACCUGCUGGGCCUUAGCCCAAAGCCUCCACGGUCGCCCGUCCCAGCCGAGUAUCUGAACGUGUUUGCCGUGCCGGACGGGACCCUGUCUAAGGCGGGGUUGAUGCGGGGCUCCAGGCCCCUCUCCUGGGGCUGUGAGCCCAUAGACCACCGACGGCAGAUCUUGUCGGGGACCCAGACCGUGGAUUCGCGGGGGCGCAAGUUCUCCAAGCGCCUGGUGGACAUCCGCGAGCUGAACGAGCAGGCCAAAGUCAUCGACGACCUCAAGAAACUGGGGGCGAGCGAAGGCACCAUAAACCAGGAGAUCCAGCGGUACCAGCAGCUGGAGUCCGUCGCCGUCAACGACAUCAGGAGAGACGUGAGGAAGAAGCUCCGGAGGUCCAGCAUGCGGGCCGCCUCCUUAAAAGACAAAUGGGGCCUGGGGUACAAACCCAGUUACAGCCGGUCCAAGAGCAUAUCUGCUGCCGGAAGAGCUCCCCCCAAGAGGCUGGAGCGGGCCAGCUCUAGAAUUGGGGAUGUCGACGAUCUUCCGGACGUCCGAGUGGAGGCAUCGUCCCCAGGACCCAGAGUUACCUUCAACAUCCAGGACACGAUUGAUAGUUUGGGUGCGGAAAUGCCAAACCUCCCUGACAGUCCAGGAGAAAUGUGUUUCAAGUUCCCGGAGGAGACAGAAAUGGACCUGUUGUGUGUCAACGUUGACCAGCCGCCCCGUCAUUUCCUGUCAGUUAGCGAUGGCGCAUGCUCUGUGUUCAGCACCCCCACCUCCACCCCCGUCUUCUUACCCAGCCUUCCCUUCCAGCCCGAAGACAGCCGGCGGGACGACAGCUCUCUGUCGUCCUCCGACGACUCUGAGAAGGAGGAGGAGUUUGACAGGGAGAGGCAGCCAUGUUACUACAGGAGGCCCGUGCAAACGCCGCGCAAGAAGUCGUCCGGUUUCGCGGCGGUUAGCCAGCUCUUCAGCGAGCGCUGGCCCGGCACGCCAGCUAGCCGAAGCAUAGUCAGCUCCGCCACCGAGCGGAACAUCGACUUCGAGCUGGACGUUCGCGUGGAGAUCGACAGCGGCAAGUGCGUGCUGCAUCCCACAACCCAACAGGCGGAGCAUGAUGAGGUCUCGCUGAGAAGGAGCUGUGACCGCAGCUUAAGGAGUCUGGACCAGGAGUCUCCUCCAAAGAAGAAGAAGCUUCAGCCGACGUGUACCUCCAGCGCACACCUUCUGGCAGGGAAGAAGGUCCCAUCAUCCCUGCAGACCAAAUCCUGCGACUCGGAGACCACCGUCUUCUACAUUCCCGGCGUGGACGUCAAGCUGCACUACAACUCCAAGACCCUGAAGACGGAGUCGCCCAACGCCUCUCGGGGCUCCUCGUUGCCACGGACGCUCUCCAAAGAGUCCAAGCUGUAUGGUAUGAAAGACACCGCGGCCAGUCCUCCCAACCCGGCCCAAAGCAGGACUAACAGCCUGCUUCCUCCCCCUCCCCCACCUAUCCCCUCAGCCAAAGGGAAGGGGAGCGGCGGGGUGAAGACGGCCAAGCUGUACGCCUGGGUGGCCCUUCAGACGCUCCCGGAGGAGAUGGUCAUCAGCCCCUGUCUGCUUGACUUCCUGGAGAAGGCCCUGGAGACCAUCCCCAUCACCCCCGUGGACAGGAACUACACAACCCUUAACUCCCAGGAUGAGGACAUGGGCCAGUUUGACCCUGUGGACCCGCUGGAGGAGUCCACCACGUCCCUGGUGUCCUCCUCAACCUCCGCCUACUCCUCCUUCCCUGUGGACGUGGUGGUGUACGUCCGCGUGCAGCCAUCUCAGAUUCGCUUUAGUUGCCUGCCCAUGUCGCGGGUGGAGUGCAUGCUGAAGCUGCCCUCUCUGGACCUGGUGUUCUCCUCCAACCGGGGCGAUCUGGAGACCCUUGCCCCCUCACACCCGCCCGAGGGGCUCCACCAGGCGUCCGCGGCAUCGCCGCUCGCACAGAACGUGCUCAAAACCUCGACGGGCAAAGGCCCCUCUCCAGGUUUGGGCAGCCCUCUGGGGCGGUCCAGGCACAGCAGCAGCCAAUCGGAUCUCACCGGGCCGCCCGCCAACUCUUCGGGCCUCAGCUUCACGGCCUGCAUGUCGGACUUCUCGCUGUUCGUGUUCCACCCCUACGGCGCCGGGAAGCAGAAGUCCGCGGUCACAGGCCUGCCCGCUGGGUCGGGCCCACUGGGUGCCGUGGAUGAGGAGCCUCCGUCGGUGACUGGCAGGAAGGACUCCCUCAGCAUUAACCUGGAGUUUGUGAAGGUCAGCCUGUCCAGAAUGCGCCGCACCGGCUGGCCCACCUUCACCGAGAGCUUCAUCCCGGGAAAGGGGGGCAAGAUGGACACCACCCUCAUCAACAUCUCAGCUGUGUGUGACAUCGGCUCUGCGUCCUUUAAGUACGACAUGCGGAGGCUGAGCGAGAUCCUGGCCUUCCCCCGGGCCUGGUACCGCCGGAGCAUCGCCCGCCGCCUCUUCCUGGGAGACCAGACCAUCAACCUGCCCGCUUCAGGCCCUGCGACGCCGGACUCGGCGGAGAACGUGAGCCAGCACCUGUCCCCGGAGUCGUCCCGGAAGGCCAGCUGGCGGGGGUGGGACCAGUCCAGCCAGUCGGCCUCCUUCCAGCACAUGCCCCAGUCUCCCAAUGUCUUCAACGACCACUCUGCCGCUGCCACCAUGUCCCCGGGGGGGCUGUCCCACCUCAAAUCCCCCGCCCCCUCCCGCUGCAGGAGCGUGUCCGACUCCUCUGUCCCACGGAGAGACUCCGUCACCAAGACGUCCACGCCGUCCUUCAACAAGAACAGCAAGGCCAGCGGUCAGCAAGGGGCGCCGUGGGAGACUCUGGUGGUGUUCGCCAUCAACCUCAAGCAGCUCAACGUCCAGAUGAACAUGAGUAACGUCAUGGGCAACAACACGUGGAACACCAGUGGGCUGAAGAGCCAGGGCCGGCUGUCUGUGGGCAGUAACAGGGACAGGGAGAUCAGCAUGUCCGUGGGGCUGGGCCGGUCCAAGCUGGACUCCAAAGGAGGCGUGGUGGGGGGCAACAUCGACGUCAACACCCUGGAGAUGGUGUCUCACAUCUCGGAGCACCCCAACCAGCAGCCCAGCCACAAGAUCCAGAUCACCAUGGGCUCGACGGAGGCGCGGGUGGACUACAUGGGCUCCAGCAUCCUGAUGGGCGUGUUCAGCAACGCCGAUCUGCAGCUGCAGGACGAGUGGAAGGUCAGCAUGUGCAGCACUGUGGACGCCAGCCUCUCCGAGAAAAGCGAGAUCUUCGUCCAUGGUGACCUGCAGUGGGACAUCUUCCAGGUGAUCAUCUCGCGCUCCACCACCCCGGACCUCAUCAAGAUCGGCAUGAAGCUGCAGGAGUUCUUCACCCAGCAGUUUGACACCAGCAAGCGUGCCCUCUCCACCUGGGGCCCUGUCCACUACAUGCCCCCCAAAGCUCCCAUCGUCAACAUCGAGAAGGGCUCUGCCGAGCUCUACAUGGACGCUGCCCACCACCGCCACUGGCCGGACGUGCUGAAGGUGGUCGCCGGGUGCCACAUCUCCCUCUUCCAGAUGCCCCUCCCCGAGGACGCCGUGCAGCUGGGGGGCUCCAUGAGUCUCCAUGGCAACCACAUGACCCUGGCCUGCUUCCAUGGACCAAACUUCCGGUCCAAGUCCUGGGCCCUGUUUCACCUGGAGGAGCCCAAUAUUGCCUUCUGGACCGAGGCACAGAAGGUCCUGGAGGAUGGUUCCAAUGACGACUCGACCUACAUCGUGCAGACUUUAGAUUUCCAUCUGGGCCACAACACUAUGGUGACCAAGCCCUGUGGGGCACUGGAGAGCCCCAUGGCAACCAUCACCAAAAUCACACGCAGGCGGCACGAGAACCCGCCCCACGGAGUGGCCAGCGUGAAGGAGUGGUUUAACUAUGUCACCGCCAUGCGGAACGAAGAGCUCAACCUCCUCCGAAACGUGGACGCCAACAACCCCGAAAGCAGCGCGGCCGCCAAGAGCUCCAGCCUGCUCAGCGGCUUCCGCGGGUCUUCCAGCUACAACCACGAGACGGAGACCAUCUUCGCCCUGCCCAGAAUGCAGCUGGACUUCAAGUCCAUCCACGUGCAGGACCCCGAGGAGCCUUCGCUGGCCGACCCCAGCAGCAAGCCCAAGGUGGAGUGCAGCGUGGUGACCGAGUUCACGGACCACAUCUGCGUCACCAUGGACGCAGAGCUGAUCAUGUUCCUGCACGACCUUGUGUCGGCUUACCUGAAGGAGAAGGAGAAAGCUCUCUUUGCCCCGCGGAUCUUCUCUGCCCGACCCGGCCAGAAGAGCCCCACCACCUCGCAUGACCACAACUCCACCGACAAGGACAAAGACAAGGACAAGGACAAGGACAAAGACAAAGACAAGGACAAGGACAAGGACACGGACAAGGACAAAGACAAGGACAAGGACAAGGAGGACGCCAUAAACUACACCACCGUGGACUGGAGGGAGUUCAUGUGCAACACCUGGCACCUGGAGCCCACCCUCAGGUUAAUUUCCUGGACCGGAAGGAAAAUUGACCCAGUUGGGGUGGACUACAUUCUGCAGAAGCUUGGCUUCCAUCACGCCAGGACUACAAUUCCCAAGUGGCUUCAGCGAGGUGUGAUGGACCCCCUGGACAAGGUUCUCUCGGUCCUCAUAAAGAAAAUGGGAACCGCACUGCAAGAUGAGAAAGAAAAGAAAGGAAGAGAGAAAGAUGAACAUUAGCAGCAUAGUCUGUCGCUCAGUCUGAACCCGCAAAUGUGAAAUGCUUAUCAUAUAAGUCCAAGGGUUCACUCAGCAUGAAAACAAAAUGCUCAUUUUACAAACACUGGAUCUCUCCUCGCUACUGUAAACUGCAUUUCCCAUAGGCACCCACUGCUACUGCCCGACCAUGUGACUUGGAAAUGUUUACUGUGGUGCAUGCUGCCACUGUAUGGAGUUGUGACCCAAAUUGUUGCACAACUGUUGUAUUAUGUAUAUUUUGAACAGAAAGUAGGGAUUUAAUGUUACGUGGCUGCUUAGACUUUUUUUUUUAAUGAAACGUGCAAUAGACUAAUGUAUAUAAAAUAACUGUAUUGACACUUUAAUGUGAAUUUGAUAUGUGUUGAUUUUAACAUAAUAAAAUCAUGGCCAUCAUGUGUUCCGAUUUGAUUCAGGUGUGCAGCUUCACUUUGCUUUCACCCAGAAAAGAUUCAGAUUUUUGUUUACAGUGAAUGCUUUGUGCUUACUGUGGGAAGCAGCCGCAAUUAAAGAUUCAGCCUAUUCUC